AUGAGGAUACCUUUUGGGAAAGAUCCUGACGAUUGCUUUAUUCGACAGACGAAUACCAGCUUUCAGUAUGGUUACGAGUACCUUGGAAACUCAGGUCGCCUGGUGAUCACACCACUAACCGACCGUUGCUACAUUACCCUGACCACUGCACUUCAUCUGCACCGGGGUGGGUCACCGAAAGGGCCCGCUGGAACCGGUAAGACAGAGACAACAAAGGACCUCGGAAAGUCGAUGGGGGACUACGUAAUUGUAGUGAACUGUUCCGAGGGUCUUGACUACAAGUCUAUGGGCCGGAUGUUUGCGGGCCUGGCACAGACAGGAGCCUGGGGCUGCUUUGAUGAAUUCAAUCGGUGA